UUCCUUGGAAUAUUCAUCAGAAAGACACCUAAGCCAGUAAUAGCUCACCCUCUCACCCCUACACCAUACGUUUUGUGAACAGUUCUAAUUCGAUUUUGAGCAUUGACUGAAGAGCGCAUCAAUAAUAAGUGAGCAGAAUUAAAGAAUGGCUGUGCCGAACAAGGGUGAACUUACAGCAUCUGAGAAGAAACUUUUGCAAGUUAUUGAGGCUGGUGAUGCGCAAGAAGUGGCCCAAAUUCUUACGAGCGAGGAUGUACGGGUCAACUGUUUGGACGAGUGCGGGAUGACUCCACUGAUGCACGCGGCCUAUAAGGGCAAAUCGGAAAUGUGCCGCUUGCUGCUGCAGCACGGGGCUGACGUCAACUGCAACCAACAUGAGUACGGCUACACGGCUCUCAUGUUUGCUGGCUUGUCAGGCAAGACGGACAUCACAUCGAUGAUGCUGGAUGCCGGGGCGGAAACAGAUCUGGUCAAUUCUGUGGGUCGCACCGCUGCGCAAAUGGCAGCCUUCGUAGGCCAGCACGACUGCGUGACGGUCAUCAACAACUUUUUUUCACGGGCAAGGCUGGAGUACUACACCAGACCUCAGGGGCUGGAGAGGGAGCCCAAGCUGCCUCCGGGCUUAGCGGGACCCCUGCACAAGAUCAUCAUGACAACCAACCUCAACCCAGUCAAGAUCGUCCUGCUGGUAAGGGAGAAUCCUGUUCUGGUGGACAUCGGGGCGCUGGAGAAGUGCUACCAGGUGAUGGACCUGCUGUGCGAGCAGUGCGUCAAGCAGCAAGACAUGAACGAGGUGCUGGCCAUGAAGAUGCAUUACAUCAGCUGCGUGCUGCAGAAAUGCGUCACCUUCUUACAGAGACAGGAUGACAAGUUGGACGCCUUGGUGAAAAGCCUUCUAAGGGGGAGAGACAGCGACGGCUUCCCGCAGUACCAGGAGAAAUUCAUUCGAGAGUGCAUCAGGAAGUUCCCUUACUGUGAGACCACUCUGCUUCAGCAGCUGGUGAGGAGCAUUGCGCCACUGCACAUUGGCAACGAUCCGACGGCGUACUCCGUUUUAACUCAGGCGCUGACCGGUCAGAUGGCCUUCGCCGAUGCCGACUACUGCGCUACGUGCGGAGAGCGCGGCGCCGACAAGCGCUGCUCCCUCUGCAAAUCUGUGACUUACUGCAGCUUGACGUGCCAAAAGCUCCACUGGUUCACCCACAAAAAGAUGUGCAGAGCUAUGCAGGAGCAGAACGCCGCUUUGGAGGCCCCCAGGCUGAAAGAGCUCAACGAUGAUGAGAGCGACCUGGUGACGGAGACAGCCAACUUCCUUCAGGAGUUGUGCCUGCGGGCCGAGGAGACGGUGGCCGCCGUCGGCGGGUGCCCGGCUGAGCUGUUGGGCUGCCCGUCAUCGCAGCAGCAGCAGCAGCAGCAGCAGCAAGCAUCCGGCUCCCAGGAAUGAAGAGGAACCAGCGGAGGCGCAAAUCCUAUUUUCAUCCAGCAGGCAAAAAAAAAGAUCUUUCCGAGAAUUUCAGCACACAGAAUGACAGAAUGACAAACGAGCGUUCCCUCUUGAUGGUGCUAGAGAAUGAAAUGUCAGCUGUGCUCGAAGCACGCCGUUGGAAAAAUAACCCAGGAAGUUGCCUUUUGAACCCGAAUGGAGGUGGAGCGUGUGGUCGGAUACAAACUCAGAUCUUCGACUGGAUCCAUCGGUGGUCUUGUGUGUUUGCGCAUCAAAAGAACAAUAGCUAGUGAUUUUCUUUUUGGUAGUAUAACAAUAUCAUAAUAAUACAGUCUAAUAUUUGUAAAGCAACCACAGUGUUAAAUACGUGAAUAAAUAACUACCUCUCAUAUAUAUAU